UGAAAGAUGAAUCAGAUCAUUUUUGUAAAAUAAUAAAUGCGUUCAUAUUUUUUUUUAAAAACUUUUAGAGAGUACACGUUCAUACUCAAGGUGAAAGAAUGGAGGUCACUCACGUAAUGAUUAUUGUAGCAGCGCUGUUGGGAAUCACUUUCGCAGUCAUUAUUAUUUUGGUAAGUAUAUACAAUUUGAAAAUGACGACUCUUCCACAUGUCGAGGUAGCAAUUCUAAAGCCAUGGACGUCAGGGCGAGGAGAUUGUGAUAUCGAAAUAGUUUCUGAUCUUUAAUAUCCUCAACAAAAAUUGAACGUUCGUACGAGUCGUGUGAUUUAUUUCCUAGUUGGAGCGUUGCGUCAAACAAAUGGACAGGAUUGCCUGCCCUUUCAUCGGCGAGCAGUUUAUUUAAUUCAUGUAUAAGAGAGAUUCAGCGUGAAUCUUGUCUAAUUCAUGUAAACAAUAGAUUUAACCUGAAGCUUAUAUGAUUUAUGUUCAAGAUAGAUUCAGCGUGAAGAUUAUCUGAUUCAUGUAUAAGAUAGAUUCAGCGGGCGCGAAACAUUUACAAAAAAAAAUAUUGGUGAUUUUAAAUGAAAUUAAAAUAGCAGACUUUCAGCACACUUCAACAUCUUGUUCAAAAACCUCGUUGAAUGUAGAAAUUUGUCUUUUAAAAAUAAGCCAUGUCGUAUCCUCAUCAGAUUCCUGUCCCUUGCUUACACAUUUUUUUUUUACUAAAUACACAUUUCAAAAUUAUUUUUUUAUUGAAAUGUAUGCGCAGUAUAUGUAUUACAAUGAGAUAAUGACAUUAUGGAAAAAAACCUGACAGAUACUUGUGUUAAAAAAAGACACAUUCCAACGCUUUUUAAUGAAAGACAGACAGAUCAUAAUAUCGUCAUGUUUUAAAAUGUUUUUUUUUUCCAGUGUUCCUGCUGCCUUUACUCAUCGCGGUGCAAAAACUGUCGAAGAAAGGAGAAUCAAUCCGGGGUAUGGAGACAUUAUUGCUGUCGUAUUGAAGACAAUGUGUUUUACCUUGAGAAUUAAUACUAACACAUAUUUUAAAUAACAAUGGAUAGAAUAUCCUCUACCUAGCCUUUCUGUUUCAAAGAGCACUGUAUUUUGUUUACAGGGAUUCUCCUACAGGGCACAGGUGGAUGAUGACGUCGAGCAGCAAUCGAACAUUUCAUCAUUGACACCGUGGUCUCGUACUUCACAAGCAUCGACCUCGCGCGGAGUAAGUGCAGACGAACAGCAGCGCAGAAUAGCGCUUUAUCAGAAAACUAUUCGUAGAGCGCAGGUUCUAGAGGAGCAGCGCAGAGCGUGGCAGACUUCACCACAGCAAACUCUGGGCCAGGUGUGCAAUCAUCAGCUGAGAGAGCUGCCGCGUCAACAGCAGGUACCUCGAGAACA